GUCGAGCGGAGUGUGUUGCAAUGGGAAGGGGCGACGCGCGGAAGCGGCACUCGCCCGAAGGAUGCUGCUGGAUGCUCGAGUGCAUUGUGGGAAAGCCGAUGCAGACGCUCAUCUGCGCACGAUGGCGGACGCCCAGUCGAUAAAAGGGCUCUCUUUUGUAUGUUCACGCUAGAAAUGGAUCUUUAGCGAAGGUGCUCGCCGACGGAACCUGCAGACAUGAAACACUGGAAAGACCUGGUGUGGAUUUUCUGUGCCGUGCGGGUCCUGUGGGCAGCCAGUGUCGAGGUGGUGCUGGACCCCGGCGAUGCGACGGGGGCAUUCUUCUUGAGCUCACCAGAUGAGUCAGGGGGCGUGGAGGCAUUGUCAUCCGAGCCCUCGCGACGCUUUGCACUCACUUUCUCGAGCCGCAUGACGGUAGUGGCACAGUUUGGGCCGUUCUCAGUGCGUCAGACUGUGUACGCAGCCAGCCCGCUAGCCUCGGUGGGGAACCAGAGCAGCACCUCGGAGGGGCCCGAGCCCAUGGGUGACGUGACGGCCCACCUGGUGACCCCGGCGCCUCGCAGGGACCAGCCGACGUUACGCAUCCUCUUCCACACUGGUUCGGAGGUGGGUGGACCUUCAGUGUGCGUGGCCCUGUAUGCCCAACUGGGCUCCGAGCAGCUGGUGAGCGUGUGCCAGCCCAACCGGGAUGGGGCCUGCCUGGCCGAGCUCACCCUACCGGCCGCAUGGUGGCCCCCGCUGUGGGCCACUGCUCAUAAGGCGCACCGGCCCACUAUCGCCCUCCGGUAUGCACUGGUGCGGAGCAGCGUCUCUCAGGAAUGUCAGGGUCAGUCGCUGCGACUGUCGGCAGCGUCGGUGCCGGGAAGUGGUGCGGGCCUCUCCUUGGGGCGGCUUCCGCUCUCUGUGGCACAUGGCAGCUACGAGGAGCUGAGUGGAGGCGACGGCGUGGUGUGCCUGCUGGUGCCCCAGGGCCCGGUCUACCCGCGGUCCAAGGUCUACGUGCCCCUGCUUGUGCGCCCCAAUCCUGCCUAUCCACUCCACUCGUUCAUGAUAAGGGCCAAGGUCAAGCCUGGGCUGAGGAUUCUACAGGUGCAGCCUACGGCUAAGCAGUCGUGGAAUGUUGCAGUUGACACAAACUCCAAGCAGACGUCCGCGACUGUGACCGUCACUCGCCUCAGCGAGGAUACUGCGCUGCCAGAAAGUGGGGAAGAAGUACUCAACUGGCUCUUCGAAGUGGAGGAAGGUCUGGGCCAUGAAGAUGGAGGUCAGGUGACCUGGCACCUGCGCUACCUAGACCUCCCCAACUUGGACAGCACAGCCACUGUGAGCAGCACUGCUAGCGUCAGUGAGGUUGACGACAGCAUCAAGCUGACCUCCCGGCUGGACAUCCACAAGGACGACGUCCAAGCCGUGCUUCUCGUCGCAAAGUCAAACCAGCUGCUGAAUACAGCAGUGCUGACCGGCAAACAGGUGUCGCAGCCCAUGAAGGUGUUCGUGGUGAGCCAGUCUGGUCUCCUGGGAGAUGUGACCCUGCAAUCCUCAUGCCACUCAGCUGACGAGUCCGUUCUCAAGGUCUCACCGUCAUGCACGUCAGUGUACCUGGACGGCUCGGAAGUGCGGGGCUCACAGAAUGCAACUGUGCUAGUCAAGUACGGAACAUACACGGGCCAGGCUGCCUUUCUAGUGUGGAUGCCCGAGCUUCCCCUGGACCUGCGGCUCUCGGACACAAAGCUGAGCCAGAUUCGAGCUUGGCGCACCCCGCACAGGCACAAGAGGUGUCGGAACCCGCUCCUCCAAGGAACCGUGGACUGCCGUAACAAUUGGUUGCGCAACAAGCGACGCAUCCUUGAGAAGUGGGAUGAUGGCGAUGGGCCAUCAUCGGGCGGUUCCCCGGGGUCCUGUCGCCUGCGGUUUCAGCAGGCACGGGUAGAGGUGCUCACGCGCUUCCAGAGCGUGGACCACAACUCCGGCAGGGAGGCCUACCUACUAGGGCGUCGGACCCAGGUGGCCGUCACCAGGCUCGUGGCACCUUUCCUCCGCGUGGCUGACGCGCACCUUGCCUUGCUGAGGGGCACGACCGUCCGGGGGCUGCGUGCAGGGCGCACCGAGGUCCAGGUGCUGUCACCCAUCACAGGCAAGGUUCUGGGUGCGAGUGAGCUGCGGGUGAGCACGGACAAGGAGAGCCUGGUGCGCCUCGAGGUGCAGCUCGUCACAGGCCUCUCGCUUGAGGUGCUUCCCGACGACGCUGCCUCAGGGGUGUUCGUGGCCAAGACGUCCACCAGCCAGGCACUCACCUCACUUUACCAGGAAGGCUUGCUGGAUGUGACUCUGAGGUUCUCGGACGGCACGUGGACUCCACUGACAGACGUGCCGGAGUCUGACUUCAGCCUCGUCACUGAAAGCCUGGAUCCAGGGGUGGUUGCUCUGGCACCUGUGGCGCCCUCGUCGGGUGGUCUGACGGCACGACCACGUAUCGUGGCCAUUGGCCAAGGGCAGGGAAGCUUACUGCAGCUGAGCCUGGAGCUGGGCGAAGCUUGUCAGCGGCGGCGCCGAGGUGCCCCUUUGGCCUGGGCACGUGCCAGGGUCAAUGCCCGGUUCAGCUCGGCCGGUGCCGGUGGAAGCCUGGAUGCAGUGCCAUACCAGGACGGUGCACGACACCUGGAGCCGUCGGUGCAGGCACACCAGAACCGGGCCGCCCUCUCAGCCGAUGGAUCGCGUUCACUCAUGGCCUCACCGCUGGAGCUGGGCCUGUAUGCCCUUCUUGGUGUGCUGGGCCUGGCUGCCGCUGUCAUGGUCACGGGCUGCACCGUGCUUGCAGUGAAAUACCAGAAGCAUGCAGACGUGAACAACACCACAGUCUCUGUGCAACCUGCUACUGCUGCUGCUGCUCCCCCCUCGCACCCUCGCCGCCCAGUGUCAAGUGCCCAUGACUGGGUCUGGCUGGGGCGGGCCACGCUCGAACGCAGCUCCGUCAACACGCGCUGCUCCCAAGCGCUGGUGGCCCCCGAGGACCACUCCAAGAGCCCUCCCACCUCCCUGCCUUAUCCUGCCACCACAGGCCGCAUCACCACUGUCGACAACAACCCGCUGCAGAGCACUGGCGAUGACACCGCUGGCACCAAGAAGGCUGGACCCCAGCCCCGCAUUCGCACCAACCCCAUGCUUACGUUCACCCGACCACCCCCGGUGCCUCCACACCGAACCACGUCACGCACCAGUCCCGCCACUGACUCGCUGCAGAACGUGCCACUUCUGGGUCACGUUAAUGGCAACAUCCACCACCAGAGGGCAUUGUCUCCACAUGUUCGAAUUCAGUCACCUAGCUCCAAGAUGGCUUCUUCCGGAUCGAAGACUACUUCACCCGACUCCAAAACAACAUCUCCGGGAUCGCGGACAUCGCCAGACACAAAGUCCACGUCACCGGGUGGAUCCAAGACAACCUCACCCGAAUCCAAGUCUACGUCUCCCAGCAACAGGAGUGUUCUGCCACCCAUCUGCAAGGUUGUGAAAGCACGGGCCAACGGGAAGGCAGUAGCAGGAAGUACCUUGGAGUGGGAAGACGUCACCAAAGGCAUGAACUAUGACCAGCUCGUUGAAUAUUUUGACUCGCUGAAGGAGUCGAGCGCCUAGAAAGCAGCGGAGGAAGCCUCGACUGCCAUCUGAGUGCGAUGCACACCAGCUGAUAUGCAACCUUGCCAGAGCUGGCAAAGGUUGCCUCAAGGCAGUGCCUGCGUGAACUCUGAGCAGUGACUUACUUGUGCAUGCUUUGGGCGACGGGUUGGUGUUCUGUUCACCGCCACGCCACCACCAGCUUUUUGCAUGGAGCUACAAUCAACCAUCCUUUGCCUCCCGUAUGGUUCCUUUUCUGGCCGAGUGUCAGCGCUUCUUAUGCAGCCAGCCUGCAGCAGCGGGCUCACUCAUUUCUCAGAUGUGGGGGGUAGUUCUUGCAGGCCGUUUUUGGUGAACUUGUCUGACGAGCACCUUUGUGACAGCUGCCUUGUUUGUGCCUGGGGGAAGGGAGGUGUGUUGCUGUGUGACAGGGUGCUGUCAGCUUCCUACUCUGAGCACAUGCAGUCGCAAACGGGUGAGUGAAGCCUGCAGUGCCCUCUGUAUCUUCUUGCUCCUCGGUUCUGCAAGGUAUUUUCUUUUACGUGCCCCACCGCACCGGUUUGCGCGAGAUCGAUUUGGGGUACUGUGCGCUGCCUGUAUGUUAUGCUUACUGUGUUUGGCAGUGCCGCUGCGUUGCAGUGCCACGGUGUUCAAGGUGUUGUGACACUAAUUAUCGCAGCAUUGUGAGCCCCACAGUAUCGUUCAAAGUGAUUUUUUUUUUCGCUGGUGGCCGCUCGUGCUGCUGUGUACUGACUAUUGCCCCUGUUAUAAGAGCAGUAUACAAUAAUUGAAGCAUAUACAAAUGUAGUCAAUUUGCAGGAAAUCUCGGAAGUUUUGACGCGUGGGGAACUAUGGAAUGCUGGGCAGAUCCUUGUUGUGACCAAAUCUUACAGCUGUGGCAAGUUAUGCUUGUCAGUUUUCAUCAUGAUUUGAAAGCAUGUUGUUAUGCCAGGAAAAUAUGUAACUGACUAUUGUUCUCGUGCUUUUCAUACAUAUAAAGCCCAGGCUUUAUGUAUGCUCGCUGGUUGCGUGCCAGCUCGUGUCUACAUGCCUAUGUUAAUCUACAUGCAGGCGCAGACGUCUACACCAGUCAAAUAUGGGUGCCCGUGCUGGCUCACAUUGCCACGCACCUAGAGAUAGAGACCAAUCAGAAGACGCUGUCCAAGCACGCAGCAGUAAGGUGAUCGCAGCAGCUGUGAUCUGGUGCAGACUACCCUGCUCCUCCAUCUGCUGAAAUUAUGUAAUGUGAGCAAGCGUUUUUCCAUUUACGUUCAUUUGACAAAAAAAAAAUGAAUAUGUUCGACAGAAUUGAAGCAUUUCGAAGUGCCAUCAAUUGAGCUCAAUCUGAAACAACGUCCAUCUAGCCAGGAGUGAGCGUGCAUCCUUUGUAAAUGCCAACCACCGUUGCUUAGGAGGCAUGGCUGCUGCGUAGGCUCGUAGAUGUGAGCUGGCACACACCGGAAAUCGUUCGUGGCUUAAGGCAAUAGUCAGUAUGCUUUCUUCAAGCAUAUUUUUGUACAAACACAACAAUGGGAAGAAUGUGUUGCUGCUCAUUCCAGUUGCCAUGUGUUGUGCUUGCAGCAGGUGUUGCCGUUGGCCAUGUUUUCUAGCCAAGCCUGUACGCUUGGAUGUUAAUAUUUUUGUUUGUUUUAGGUACUUCGAAGGCCAGUGCAUCUCAUAUUAUGUGCCAUAUGUUAGUUUUAUAGUUUUCUAUAGUGUAUACUAGAUUAUUUGCACCAUUUUUAAAUAUUUCACACUUAUUUACGUCUGUGCACCAAAGAUCUCAGGAAGACAUCUGCAUUCGCACUUCCCCCUGAGGCAUAAGCUGACAAAGAACAAUGGGAAGUCCUUGGCAUUAGGUUAGGAGAGAGGGGGGUGAGGGAUGUGAAAGGGUGGGGGAUUGCAGAGCAGUCACCUUCUCUCCAGUGAGCAGCUCAGUGGGGGCAAGGGGGCCAAUAGCACUCCCUAGGCUGCUGGUACACAAGUUUCGAGUUUUCGAUAUCCCAUAGAGAACUGUGAAAGAUAACUUGGAAGAGUUUCAUAUGCAUUGUUGAAUUUGACAGUGUCAAAUUGCAAGCACAAAAUAUGCCUUGCAUCAGGUUGAUUAGGUGGCAUACAGCUGCUGUUUGGGAUGCUAGGCAGUUUCUAAUUGGCAUGGAGUGAACAUUAGUUCUGCUAAGCCCGAACACUAUUCUACAUGAAGGAAAAUUAAAAUAACUUGUUUACCUUUAUUUCAGGCCAUGGAGUUUACAUUUAUACCCAAAAAAAUUGUGUCAUUUUAGUUAAAAUUAAUUAGUAUUGCAAAUAAUUAGUAAUUGGCUUUCUGAACUGUCCACAACCGAAGCUUCGCUCCAGCAUAUUAAAAAUGCUACCAUGGGCUUUGCAUUAAGUUCCCCAUGUUUAAAUCAGAGCUUUGAGGUAUUUAACGUAGCAUCAAACAUGAUACUUUGCACUUUCUCAGGUUAAAUGGUCGAGAACGUGCCAAGGAUGCACUGUGGAAAUAUUUGGCACCCGCCCAUGUGAGGCCCUUCGCGUGCCUGUGAUCUGCAGUGGUAUACUCGUGGACAACUUUCUGGGACAAUGAAGGAAAAGCUACAGAGGCAAAGCAUGUGCAAGUAAGGGUGCUCCUAAUAGAAGUCCUGCAUUCUCAUCAGCAUUAACUAAGGCUAGGGAAGAGAAAACAUAAAACAUCUUACUUACAACAGCAAAAUAAGACACCAGUGAUUGUUAAGUUGGACUUAUUUUACUGUCUUUUUCUUCUGCCUUUGGCGAAAUGCGAAACUGUCACAUGUAGAAGCUGUGCUGACUUGGCAUCUGUUCUAAGAAACCAAGAGCACUGUCAAACCCUGUCGUAUGCUUGGUGUAGUGACACAGAUGUAUCAGCUCCAUGCCUGUAGCUCUCCCGUCAUUGCCACAGAACAUUGUCCGCAAGUAUAGUUAGAAAUCUAGGGGUGACUGCCUCACCACCUCCCCAUAACUGCACCCCACUUCCCCUACUGCGUCCCAUGCCAGUGUAGCAGCUGCUUCAUCAUUGUUUUGCAUGUUUUGCAGAGCACUGUUGCAGCUUUGUAGUCAUUACAAUUUGGGAAGUCUUGAGGACAUUGCAUCUCAAGUUGUGCAAUUUUUUACGGGCUGCCCUACUUUCGUGAGCGGCAUUUCUGUUAACCAUAUGAUUGCAUCUGUACUUUCUCCAUCUUUUGAGAGGAAUUUUUUUGUUUGCGGACCAAGGUUGUACUUUGAGAAUUCCAAGCAGAAGAACUUUUUGCUGCAUACAUGUCACUUUCACCCAGGCGGCUGCAUCCUGAAAUGUUCAGUAUUUGAAAUAAGCCUGAACCAGAUUGUACAAUAUAGAUAUAUAUUGCCGCUUGCGGUGCUUUUUGAACUGUAUAUACAAUGUACUGAGCCAAACCUCUUGGUUCACUCUUCUGGUUCCUCUGUCAAACAGUGUCAGAGCUGCUGCUUUUGUAAGUGAACAGAGCGUGUAACGGCCAUAGGAAUCUCAUUCAUAAAACACCAUUUGCCAUUGCGAAUGAGCAAAAAACAUGUUGCCCCGCUUUUGCACCUGCUCCAACUUGACUGCCAAGGCAGCAGCAUGCAUGCUCUUGGUGGUUGUGUGUUCAAGGGCAGCUUUUGCUUGUGUAUUAUUUAGGAUGCAGCACUGAAUGAUCCCUCAUACCAAGGGAAGGCAGUUAUUUCAUCAUACCUUAUCCAAGGGAUCUUUUGAUUGCCUAUACAAUAGUGAGAUAUUUGCUCUUCAAGCCUGUACUUGUUCUUCAGAACCAUUGACGUGGGCUGCAGCAGCGACCAAGUAAUGCAAGCUCAAGAUUCUGGUAUGAAAAAGUUGUCAACAUCGAUAAAGCUACCCGUGAUUUCAGCAUUGUUCACUUUACCACUUAGCUAAAUGAAACUGUUAUUUUGUAUUCUUCUUGGUGAGUAUGAAAAACCUUACAUUAGCAUCGGGCAUUUGCUGCAUUGUACUGCCAUUUUUGCAAUGUACACGAAACACUGAACAAAUAUUUUCUGAUACAUUGCUUUCAUUUCAAGUCUGACCUUGCAUAUCUCUGACAUCCUCUUAGUUUGUGUGAGCAAUGUCCUUGAAGCAGUGGGCUCCAGAGAUAGAUGGCAGUUACCGCAUUGAAAAUGACAGGCUUGAGACGUGUGAUAUAUGCCAAAGAAAUCUCUGCGUCCUAGCAUCUCACCAAGUGUCAAUAAUAAAACUAUCUAAGGCAAAUUCAAGUUGGAAGAAAACCCGUUACUGCUUGUGAGACUGCUUUAUUUAUUAUUACUUACUUAUUAUGCAGGGUCGAGAAGUGUUUCGAGUUCCUUCAUUUUUAAAGGUUGCGAAAGCUUUUCAUAGUUUCUGUGUCCAGCUUCGCAGGGAUGAAUGAACUUAGUGAAUCCUGGAGUUUUCUGAAAGACCAAGUACAAAGACUGGUAACUCAUCCAUGUGAUGCCGCUGGCAGACACGUGUCAGCAUGGUGCCAGCACAUGACCGUAUAGUGCGUUAUAACUUUCUGGGAAUGUGCGCGUAUAUUUAUUUUUUUCCUUUCUUACAUACAUGUUACGGGCUGCUCAGCAAAACUAACAACGUGGCGAGGAUCAGCUUUUUUGCCAAGUGUUUUCUUGCUGUAAUGUUGCACCUUUUUGUCUGCUCACUUGACAUUUGCUCAGUCGUUUUAUCAAAAGUUGUUUGUCUAGUUAGGUUUUGCAUUAUUUGUAGAUACCAAUGCCGAAUGGUGGCGCAUAUCACAGCUGACAUCCUUGAAUCUAUUAUUUAUUGACUCUUAUUUACCUUUCCAUAGAAGCUUCAGGCUCUUUUCCCUGCUGUCAUUUUAGGAUAGCACACAUAGUUGCAAAAGCGGUCUUCAUGUCGUUCGAGUACUAUAUCUCAUCUGCUUUGUGAAAAAGCAGCAGCUACUAGAUUUGCUUGGGGGACCUCCAUUUCAAAUAUUUGCACAGUACAUUAGCUUUUUUUUUACAUUUCUGUAUUAGUUUGACAUAAUACACAUCCAUAAAGAGCAUGUUACUCUAGCUUGCCUACUGUAUUUCUUGCUUGUUGAACAAAGGCUCAGAAACAAUAGGUCUUCUGUAUCAUUCAUUGCUCGGCUAUAAAGGCAGUCUUGAGUAUCAUGCACCGUUAUUUAGCAGAGGAAUAAAUUUCUCAUCACUUAUUAACCUCAUAUUUGUCUGUAGUCAGGUUCUUUAUAGGUUAGCAUGGCUAUCACAGCAGCUGUUUAUUAAGGAGCAAUGUCUUUUUGCGGGCGGGGCUAAUAUUAUAGGUACGCCUACAUGUUUACUUAAAGAAUGUGCGAGAUGCUAAAAUUUUAUCUGGCAUUCUUCCAUGGUUUCUUUAUGCAGUGUUGUUAUCACAUUUGCAUAUGAUAAAGCACUAAUUUUUGCUUGCUGCAUAUUCUCACUGGCAGUGUUCAUGUCCUCAUUAUGCAAACAUGAACUGCCACACACAUCCUUCCAGUUAGUUCAUUGGUUUUUCAGCAUAAUGUGGUCAAGUGCUGUAAAUCUUUGUUGUGAAGGUGGUUUCGUUUUAAUGGGGCCAUGGUUUACUCUGCUAACUAAAAGAGAUAAUUAGCAAAAUUAUAAAAGUCUCUCACAGGUGGUUCUCGUUUCGAUUUAUUUUAUUUGCAUAAGGUGGAUAGAGCUGCAGCUAUCCCUCAUCUAAUAUACUAAACCUUUUUAGGCCGUCAUUCUCAGUGAAGCUAAGGACAAUGCGAGUGAUGGAAAGGAAAAUUAUAUUUGCACAGGAAUAUAAUUUUUAAACUAUAACAGAUAACCUUUGGUGGCGAUGUGCACAUAUACGACAGCAUUUUUUCUUAUUAUUUUAUUUUUCCGGAUAAACCAGACAAGCUCAAGAUCCCAAGUAUAUCAUUGAACAAUGUGGACCAAAAAAUUCAACGGUGUCGCUAAAUUUAAAUGAUAAGAAAUUAGUGGCAAAUGCAGGAUCUUCUUUUAAGGUUGUUAGAAUAAAUAUGCUGUUCACGGUAUGUGUAUGAGUGGGGAACCGAGCACAGGCAUUAGGGUUGACUACCAAGCUUGUGUUGAAGAUGUGGCAGGGAGCAGCUACUCUGGGAAAACAUUGUAAAAGCAUGAGUGAUGGGUGUUCAAGCAACAUUGAGAUAUUAUAAUGAUAUAGAAUACUUGUAACAUUAUUUGUGUUGUAUAAAACGAGAUUUUAGUGGCAUCAAACACAAUCUUAUGAGUUUGGAAGACCCCUGAAAAUGUACAUGGUGCUGGCUGGCUUGUGAGAACCAUCCGAGCAAUUUUUUUUUUCUACAGUGGAAUGUGGGGUUGGGCAUUUAAACAAUGCCAGCACAUUGUCACUGAUAUGCAUCUAACCAAACCUAACAAAAUUCAACGGCAUAGCUUUUUUUACUGGUGCAGCUUUCCUAUUCCACUCCACAUUUAAUGGAAUUGUGCUUUCAACGAAGUCUCCUUGCUGCUCCAAAAACUUCAGCAUAACAGUCUGUUGCAAGUUGAGGUGAAAAAAAAUGAAAUUCGUUGUUGCUCAGCUGGUGUACUAAGCAAAGUGUAUUGUUAGCUUAUUGUAAACCGUAAGCCGAGAUUUUCAGAAUGCGCUAUUUUUAGAAAGUCGCUGAUAUUCUUUCUUCGUGCUCUUCAACUGCCCGAAUGAACCUUGUCCAUCUUCUAUUUAACUAAGCAGUCUCCAUUGUUUUCUUGGUUCAGUACGUAAUUAGGUAUGCUGCUCACACAAAAAUAGCUCCAACACUACUAUCUUUGUCAUUGCCUAGUAUGUUCAUUUUCUUAGGGCUCGAAGUGUGCUGUACUAAUUAAGGGCCAUUAAUUGUAUCAGGGCAGUGCAGGUUUGAUAUGUGCUGGUGAACCAGUGAAAGUCGCUUCUUUUUCAUGUUUAAAAAAAUGUGCAUUUACUCAGUUAUACAUUGCAUAGUGUAACUAAACUGCAUUUCCUUUCAAGUAAAUGACAAAUUGCUAACUGAGGAACACUGGGUGUAUUUCACAGGUUUCUGAGCACUUCAUGCCAAGUUUAGAGGCUGUGAAACUGGGCAUGCAGCAGGUAUAUCGAAAACAUGUUUCAUAUGGUAUCAGGUGACGCAAGAUGGAAGUUGAGCAGGCUUAAUUGGAAAAGGAUGCAGAGCCGCAGGCAAUGCCUGGUAUGGAAAUGCAAUACUUGAAAUGCAUUGCUUGGCUCUCUCGUUCCGAGCACACAGUAACUGGAUCUUGUGAUUUUAUUUGGGCAGUGUGAUUGUUGUGUGCCUGCAAAUGUUACCUCAAGCUCUCUGAUAGCAGCAAGUGUACGCCUAGCAAGUGAGAAUGACAAGUGGCUUUUGUCGUGUUUUGCGUGUCAUCGCCUGUACAGUGGACAUGCCGGACAGUGUGCACUGGUUCAUGUGCCGCAGUUGUAAAUGCCUUUGAUUCUUGCAUUGUGUUCAGAAUAUGACUGAGCGACAGUUAUGCCGGUGUGACCACAGACACGUCAAACUGAUGGUCUUGCAACUCAACGGUGAAUUGGGUGCUGCUACACAGGCAGAUUCGAUGGUCAUCAAGUCACAAGUCCACUGAAUUCAAAGAGCUCCAUGGAACUCCCAGGAAAUUUUAUAGGCCAUCGAGUGGCAGCCAUGCGGCCCUCUCUUAGCAGUGUUUUUGAACCAACACGAAAAAGAUAUGUAUAUAUCUGCCACCAAAACAUUCUCUAAAGACUAUCAGCAAAGAUUAUCAGCAUUGAGUUCAAAAUAAUUUAUAUAAUCGCCAAUAAUGCUAUACAUAAUCAUUCGGGUUUUUCGUGUGGCUUUGGUGUGGUAAUCGUUGUGCCACUCAUUCAUAAUGUGAAACAAGUGAAACUCUCAAUGGCCAUUGAAAACUGCCAUGUGGCAGCAACCCAACUCCUUCAAUUUCAACAGAGUUUGUCAAUUUCAACAGCCCUUGACUCAAGGGCCUUUGAAACGUGCCCCUGUGACUCAAGUGUUACUCGUACCAACAACAAGAUGCACCGUGCAUUGUACCAUACAUGCCUAUACUUCAAAACACCUACACAAGUGACACGGACACACACUCUACUUCUUCAUAUUGCUGCUGUUUUUAGUAAUGUCCGCUUGAACAUUUGUGCAUGCGAUCCACACCUAAACCUGCAGGUGUGUAUAAUUUUGCAGGCAGCCUUGAAGGAAAGGGAAAUCUUUUAAAUUUAUCCUUCUUUUUCUUCUUUUUUUUUUACUAUCAAUGUUCUUCAUCUACACAAAUGCUCCUUUGCAUGAAGUCUUUCCCAUUUCAGCCACAUUUCAUACGCCAGCACUUGUGCGCUGCAUCUAACGCGGUUGCCUUCCUCGCCCUCUUCCACCCCUUCUUCCUGUUUCAGUCAGAUGGUGACAUUAAUUUAUUUUACGUGUUUGUACAGUCUUUGCAUAAUACAGAAAUGUGUACAUAUAUGCACUACUUAAGGUAUUGUUUGUGUGACUAUGCCGAUGGUACACGUAUACUAUACUCGACAGCUGCGGCAGCCAGCAGCUGCGUGCAGUGCAUAUAGACGACCUUGAUGCUGUAUAGGUAGGAAGAGCUCUCGUGUAGGCACCUCUAGUCACGAGGGGAAACAUUAAUGUCCUUAGUGUUUCUUUUGUACUUGUUUUGAGCCAGCCAAUAAAUGUGAAACCCCUUGA